UGUGAAUUUUACAUUUACGGCAUUGUAGAGGGAGUAUGCUUCGCUAAGAAGGACUACAAUUUGGCGAAACAUCCCAACAUUGAUGUGCCGAACCUACAAGUGAUCAAGCUGAUGCAGAGCUUUAAGUCGAAGGAGUAUGUGCGUGAGACCUUUGCUUGGAUGCACUACUACUGGUAUCUUACCAAUGAUGGCAUUGAGUUCCUCAGGACUUACCUCAAUCUUCCUUCUGAAAUUGUCCCUGCCACUUUGAAGAAGUCCGCCAAGCCUCUUGGUCGUCCCAUGGGUGGACCGCCAGGCGAUAGGCCCCGUGGACCACCAAGGUUCGAGGGUGAUAGGCCAAGGUUUGGUGAUAGGGAAGGGUAUCGUGCUGGUCCAAGAGGUCCACCUGGUGAAUUUGGAGGCGAGAAAGGUGGAGCUCCAGCUGACUACCAGCCUGCAUUUAGGGGUGGUGGUGGAAGGCCUGGAUUUGGGCGUGGGGCUGGAGGUUUUGGAGGCGAUUCCCUCUGGGGAAUGUAAAGGAGCCAGAGGUUCCGCGUUCGACCCCCCGUAGCG